UUAACACAAUUUAAUCACUGAUCCGAUGGACAGGUAUUAUAUGUCAAGUGAUUCUGACUCUGAUCUGGAAGUGAAUGAUGUGUUGACCGAUAAUAGCGGACAACUGGUCGAUACACUCACUAAACACUCAUUGCCGACCACUUCCCACAAAGAGACGAGUGUCCGAACCAAAAGAGGUCGUCCGUUACGGCCAACCAUUGGCCACAAAUCAAAGCGACCGCAAUAUAAUAUCUCCGAUACGAGUAAUGAUGAAAACGAUGGACACGAAGAGUCUGACAGUCGGCCAACUCAGGCGAUCAAUAGAGAGGGGAGGGACCCGAACCAAAGUGAUCACCCGUUAUGGCUAACCAAUGGCCGCAAAUCAGGGCGAAAGCAAUAUAAUAUUUCCGAUACGAGUAGUUAUGAAGAGAGUGGACACCAGUCGACCGCCAGUCGGCCAAUACGAGUGUCCGCCGAUGGCAUACGUGAGGACUCGUGUCACGCGUGCGAUGUCUGCGGCAAAGCCUUCGUAUGGAAGUGCGAUCUCGACGCCCACCGGACAGCUGUCCACCAAAUCGGUAAUUAUCGGCUGUUUCCGUGCGACCGAUGCCAGCAUUGCUUCACCACUGAGACUGACUUGAGUGCCCACAAGUGGACAAAACAUAAGCCGCUUACAACUCUUGUUGAGCCCAAUGGACAGCGGACUCGGCGUUCAGACUUUGAGUGUAAAGAUUGUGGUAAAAGAUUUAAGUCGGCUGAAGGUGUGGGCCGUCAUCGAGAGUUAGUCCACUCCGUCCUCCCGAUGUCUAUCAAGACUGACGGCUGCGUUGAGUCCACACAAAAAGAGAUAAAAAAGCACACACAAUGUCUGGACAGUGGAUGUGACGACAGAUUCCGUACGGCGACCGACGCUUACAUUUGUCGGUCGGAGACUAUCUAUCAGUUUGAAUGCGUGGACAGAGAGUCAGAGAGGGAGGGCUGGGCUCUGGCAGUGCACCGAACGAGCGCCGGUCUGUUCAGUUUUGACACCUAUUUAUAUAACUUUCAGACCCAUGUCCACAACGACUACCCGUUGGGACCCAAUUAUAUGGCAGUUGUGGACACGCCGUGGGUUUUGAAAGCCACGGCAUUGCUGGUCAUGUCUUUCAUGGAUCAGCACUUGAAGAAUGCGGUCGUGUUGUCAGUAGAGAUGAGUUGA